AUGAUGAGAUCCGACAUCCCUAAGGAGAAUCUCUCCAACUACGGCUCGAUGAAUACCCCGCCGCCUGGACAAAAGAGACAUCGUCUCGGACGUUUUAACAGUGGCACAGACAGCAAGGAGCGAUCUGCCGACGAGGUACCGACAAUGGGCUACCACGACUCCGCAUAUGCCAGUAGCGACCACGAUAUCGUCCAAGUCGAGAACGAUGGCUCGAUACCCAACACCAACAUGAACCAGAAUCUUGCGCUCGAUAGAGGAACUGGAGAAGUUUUCGACGAGGAUACCGGCGAUGUAGUGACUGUUGUCACGACGACUACAACGACCACAACCACAACCACAACUCGAGGAGGGGGAGCUGCAGGAGCAGGACGAAAACAUCAAGACGUAAGAAGAGACGUUCAGACCACAGAGACACAGCAUCAACAGGGAGGACCUGCCACCACAACUUCGACCGAUCCGGCUACUGCUGCGCAGUACAGCACACAACCGUCUCGCGACAGCACGUACUACUCUCAGUUAGGACCUUCCCAGACACGAGACAGUGUACGAUCUCCAGGUCUGGCACGCGCCGAGCCAUCUUAUGACAGCACAUAUGGCUCCGGCUUAGCGCCGCAAAUACCAGCCAAAAGCAAUCGAAGGUCAGGUGAAUAUUCUGGAACCGAUGCACCAGCGUCACCUGCUAGGCAAAACUUCAGCUAUCCUCAUCGAAAUCCAACUGGCAUGACGGAUCCCGAAACAAGCUCAAGAAGAUCAGGAAGAUUUGCAGACCUCAAGGCGGCUGCGGUUGGACUUCACGGAGUUGGAGAGACCCUAAGGGGUACGCUCAACAGUGCUAUUGACGACCGAUAUCACAGCAAAGAUCCGAAAAAGGCGGCUGCCGCGCAUGCCAAAAACGCAGCCGUGCUAGAAAGAGGUAGGCACGAGAUUGAAGGCAUACCACAACGAGGCUCUUACGGCCAGCAUUACACGCAACACACGGCUAUAUACGACCCUGGUCAAACCUCUUCUACUGGAGUUGAUCCAAUCUCACCUAUUGGGCAUGAUUCAUAUGAGGAUUCGACGUUGCAUGGCGGCGCACAGCCCGGCUCGCACAGUGCAGCCUUUGGUCUAAAUUCUGACGGACGCAGAUAUGAGCCACAGCCACCAACCGACUCUUCAGUUUCAAACCUCAGUACUGGUUCAGGACAUCACACUCCUCAGAGAAGUGGCAUCUCCCGGCAGGACAGUGGGAAUGCUCCGCAAACCGUGAGUGGCAAUGUCGAGAGAGUGCCGACAAUAAGACAUACCGAACCAGGCACCAAUAACACUACAGCCAUGGGAGAAACCCAAUCUACAGGCGCAGUGCCGGACAGUAACGUCAAGAAGUCAGGCACAUUCAGCAAGCUGUUUAAGCGAAAGCCAGUAGGUGGCACUGAUCCUGUGGUGGAAGGGGGCGAUCGCAAGAAAUACUAUUGA